UCGAGUAUGACUGAUUGUCUGUGUGCGAUUACACACACGUAUACUAUUAUAUAUACACACAUCUCGAUGCGAAGAGAAAAACAUCAUCUUCUUGGAUUUCUUUUGUUACUCGAAGAAAAAAAAAAAAAAAAGAUGUAUUGUCUUCAAGUUGCAGCAUAUCACUUGUUCUUCAACGCAUCUCGAAUAUGUUAUCUUCUUGCUCUGAUUAUAUUUGUCUUUCUUAGAUUCUUCGCUAUUUUCCAGAAUACUGAAGUGAAUCAAGUCGUCGAGCCCAGAACGACGACGCUUUUGAGGUUUACUGAUACAAAGGGAGAUGUGAAUGUAACUUUCUCUGGUGUUUUCUUAGAAUCUGUAAUCAAAGAUAUCACUGAUAAUCUUUUGUAGUUUAUUUUGUAUUAUUUAAUUAUGUACUUAUCGUUAUAUCUAUAAUUACCAUGCUAAAAAAAUUCCAGGCUCA